AAUUACGUGUAGGCGCCACACUGUGGCCAAUAUGACUUUAGAGGACCCAGGCGCCAAACUUCUACUCAGGCACGGUGUGCUCUUUGAGAAAGACACACAUGACGGGCCUGCUAGCUUGCUAUAAGCUAGAGUUGCUGCCUUGUUAUACUUGAAAUAAUGUUCGUCGCACGUAGUAUUGCAGCAGAUCACAAAGAUCUCAUUCAUGAUGUCUCGUAUGAUUUUCAUGGUCGGAGAAUGGCAACUUGCUCUAGUGACCAAAGUGUCAAGGUUUGGGACAAAAGUGAGAAUGGAGAAUGGCAUUGCACAGCCAGCUGGAAGACGCAUAGUGGAUCAGUGUGGAGAGUAACCUGGGCUCAUCCAGAGUUUGGGCAGGUACUAGCUUCCUGCUCCUUUGACAGGACAGCGGCUGUCUGGGAGGAGAUUGUCGGGGAGUCCAAUGACAAGCAGAGAGGCUUGAGCCACUGGAUCAAGAGAACAACACUCGUCGACAGCAGAACAUCAGUGACGGACGUGAAAUUUGCUCCAAAACACAUGGGCUUGAUGCUGACCACCUGCUCUGCUGAUGGCGUGGUGCGGAUCUAUGAAGCUCCGGACGUGAUGAACCUGAGUCAGUGGUCACUGCAGCAUGAGAUCUCAUGCAAGCUCAGCUGCAGCUGCAUUUCUUGGAACCCUUCCAGUUCUCGUGCCCACCCUCCAAUGUUUGCUGUGGGGAGUGAUGAUAGCAAUGUUACUUAUGGUGGGAAGGUCCAAAUAUACGAAUAUAAUGAAAACACACGGAAAUACAGUAAAGCGGAAACCCUGAUGACAGUCACAGACGCAGUCCAUGACAUUGCAUUUGCACCAAACCUGGGAAGAUCUUUCCAUGUGCUUGCCAUCGCUACUAAAGAUGUCAGAAUAUUUAAGCUUGUUCCCAUGAGGAGGGAGAGCACCAGUGCAGGACCCACCAAGUUUGAGGUUCAGAUUUUGGCCCAGUUUGACAACCACAACUCCCAGGUCUGGCGUGUAAGCUGGAAUAUCACCAGCACGUUGCUGGCUUCCUCAGGGGAUGAUGGCUGCGUACGUCUAUGGAAAGCCAACUACAUGGACAACUGGAAAUGCACAGGUAUUUUGAAGGGAGAUGGAAGCCCACUGACCGGCUCAUCUGGUCAGCCGUCGGCUAUGAGCACAGUGAUGGGGUCCUCUGUUCAGACCUCGCAGAAUUCCCUGAACGGGAUGUCAGCAGGAAGGUAUUUCUUUCCGCCUCUGGAUCCUCCCAGAGCAGGUACCAGGUAUGGUCACCUGCUGCCUCCUUCCUCCCUUAUUGAGCACUGUGAUGCUGAGCUUGUUGUUCAACCUCAGCAGCAGGCUCUGCCCCACAGACUUUCCUCUAGAGCCCUGCUGUCUUUACCAGAGGCCGAAGAGCAAUGA